AUGGACUGUUGCGUUGCAAACCAAUGGGGGUCAUUAUGGGUAUUUUAUAAUUCGGUUUGUACCUGUCACAUACUUGGUGAGUCGGAGCAGCACCUGACAUUAAAUGUACAAAUGCAAUGCCUACCUUCAAUGGUUGUACUCUCGGCUAUCCAUGCUAAGUGUACUGCUCAGGAACAGAACCAACUGUGGCUCGACCUAGUACGAGAGAAACCAUUGGACAUGCCUUGGUUGCUUAUGGGGGAUUUUAACGUGAUUGCCCAGGUGGAGGAAAAGAGAGGUGGGUUACCGGUUCGACCGGAGGAAGGGGGGGAGCUCCUUAAUUUUAUGUCCUCAGCAGGAGUGGGGGAUGCCGGUUUUACGGGGUCGAGGUUUACAUGGUGUAAUAAUAGGCAAGAGAGGGCUAGAAUAUGGAAGCGGCUUGAUAGGGUUCUGUUAAAUGACUUGGCUGUGCACUCAGAGCAUGGUUUUGGGGUACAGCAUCUGGGGAGGGACCCUUCGGAUCAUGCACCAUUGCUAAUUUCGGCCGUAACACGGCUUGAUAAUAAGCCAAAGCCGUUUCGCUUCCUGAAUGUGUGGACGAAAAAUACAGGAUUACUAGAUGUUAUUGCCGAGAGUUGGGGUCAGCCGAUGUCGGGGUCACCGCUACGUGUCUUAUCGGAGAAAUUGCGAGUUGUUAAGCAGGCUUUGAGGGCGUGGUCGAAGACAGAGUUUGGGGAUAUAUUUGUUGCAGUUCGACAGGCGGAGAAGGCGGUGAUGGAGGCGGAGGAGGACUAUGAUCAUCAUCCGUCGGAUGCCAAGUGGGUGCGACUCCAAGAGGCAAGGGCCAGGUUGCGGAACAAUCUUACUAUUGAGGAGGGUUUUUGGAAGCAGAAGGCUAGGGUCAAGUGGGCUGUUGAGGGUGACAAGAAUUCAAAGUACUUCCAUGAUAUAGUAGCUGAGAAGCGAAGAAAGGCUAUCAUACACCGCAUUCGAAAGGCAAACGGAGAAUGGGUGGAUUCUGAGGGUCAGAUAGGGUGCGAAGCGGUAUCAUUCUUCCAGGAUUUGUUCACCGCAGAGGCGAGUGUUCAACCACAGGACUUCCUGCGGGUAAUUCCGAGAUUGGUAUCUGAGCAGGAUAAUCUGAUGCUGACAGAGGCUCCGACGUUGCAUGAGGUAAAGGAAGUUAUUUUCUCAAUGGAUGGAGAGAGUGCAGCGGGGCCCGAUGGAUUCACAGGGAAGUUUUUCACCUUUGCUUGGGAGGUUGUUGCGGCAGAUGUGUAUGCAGGGGUGGUCAGUUUCUUCUGUGGUGCGGAAUUGCCGAGAGGGGUUGCUGCUACUUCUAUUGUGCUAAUUCCGAAGGUGCAAUGCCCACAGGAUUUCUCACAGUUCCGACCGAUCAGUCUUUGUAAUUUUAUCAAUAAAAUUAUUUCCAAGGUUUUGGCUGAUAGGCUUGCAAGGAUUCUUCCACAAAUUAUCUCCCCACAACAAAGUGGAUUUGUUCAGGGAAGGUUGAUUUCGGAUAGUUUUCUUCUCGCGCAAGAAUUAGUUACAGAUAUGAAGAGAGGGAACCGUGGGGGUAAUGUGAUCCUCAAGCUGGAUAUGAUGAAGGCAUAUGAUCGAGUCUCAUGGCCCUUCCUGCUGCAAGUUAUGCGCCGAUUUGGCUUCAGUGAGACCUGGAUUGACAUGAUUUGGAGGUUAAUCUCCAAUGUCUGGUUCUCGGUAAUUGUAAAUGGACUUCCCCAAGGUUUUUUCAAAGCCACGCGCGGGUUGAGACAAGGAGACCCUAUCUCUCCGGCUUUAUUUGUGAUUGGGGCUGAAGUGCUAUCGAGGGAUUUGAACGAGCUACCAGGGCGGAGGAAUUUUAAUCCUUUUAAGGUUCCAGUGGGCUGUCCAGCCAUAACCCACUUGGCUUAUGCUGAUGAUGUGAUAGUGUUUACUAGUGGUCUGAAGCUGUCACUACAGAUGGUCAUGGGGGCGUUGGAGGAAUAUUGUGCGGUUUCAGGGCAGAAGAUUAAUCAUCAGAAGAGCUGUUUCCUGGUUCAUCCGAGGUUGCAGUCCCAGCGUAGGAUUUUGAUUGGGCAACUAACAGGCUUCCGACAAAGGAAUUUCCCAAUUAAAUACUUAGGUUGCCCUCUGUAUGUGGGACGGAUGAAGAAAGAGUAUUAUGCUGAUAUUGUUCACUCCGUUACCUGCAAAAUUUUGUCCUGGAAGCACAGGACUUUAUCUUCUGGAGGCAGGAUUGUCCUUAUAAAGAGCGUCCUUGCAUCCAUGCCGAUUCAUUUGCUAGCCGCGGCUUACCCACCUAAGGGAGUCUUAAGGGAGUUGGAGAAGAUUUUUGCUAAUUUCCUUUGGGGCUCAUCGGAUUGGGGUCCUAAGUUUCACUGGUUGUCUUGGGUCGAUCUUUGUCAGCCUUAUAAUGAAGGGGGGAUUGGUAUUAGGCGGCUCAAUGAGAUUUUUGAUGCAUUCUCAGUCAAACUAUGGUGGCUUUUUAGACAGAAAAGGUCGUUAUGGGCAGAGUUCAUGUGGGCAAAAUAUUGCGGGAAUCUCCAUCCUUGUCUGGCUGAGGCGGGCCCGAGGGGCUCAGCUACGUGGCGGCGGAUGCGAUCGGUGCAGCGGGUGGCUGACGAGCACAUUGCAUGGAUUGUUAGAGAGGGGAUGAUGGACUUUUGGCAUGAUAAUUGGUUGGGUACCGGGGCCUUGUGUCAGACAGUAGAUGUCUUUCUUGAGCAUCGGGUGCAGGACUUCGUUGAUGAUCAGGGGUGGAAGGCACGGGAGCUCCGGCAAGUUCUAGAACCCGGUUUGAUGCAGCGUGUUUUAGAUACGCGGCCGCCUGACAUGAAUGGCUGUGACUCGAUGGUAUGGUCUCUUACGAACACUGGUAAGUUUACUGUUUCGUCAGCUUAUGCGGUUAUACGACAGGAAAACAAUCGGUCCUGGUUGGCCUCAUAUGUCUGGCAUAAAAGUCUUCCUUUUAAAAUUUCCUUCUUCAUGCUCCGACUGUUAUCUUCUAAGCUUCCUCUUCAAGAGUGUUUGCGGAGGCUUGGGAUACAGGGUCCUUCCAGGUGCUGCUGCUGUGGGUCACCCCAAACGGAGGGGUUGGAUCAUGUAUUCUGCACUGGUGACCUUGCCAUGCAGGUAUGGGGCUAUUUUGAGACUCAGGCUGUUGAUUCGUCAGUUUGCACGACUCGGCAUAGGGUCCUGAGAUGGUGGUUACGGCCUUCCAACAACCGGUUCUUGCGUUAUAUUUUUCGGUUUGUCCCGUCGUUGAUUUGUUGGGAGUUAUGGAGGGCAAGGAAUAGUGCUGUUUUUGAAGGAAGGGGGGCAGGGUGUGAAGGAGUUGUGCGGAAGGUCCUCCAACAUCUGGGGGAUCUGUUUCAUGGGCAAUUCCCGGGUGUACGAGUGUCGUUUCUGUCCUGGAGAGAGUGUUGUGACUUCUUGGUCAGGCAACAGCGGCAAUUUGCGGUUGUACCGGUGAGCUGGGUGGCUCCAGGUGGUGGGUGUAAGAUUAAUUCAGAUGGGUGUUCGAAAGGAAAUCCGGGGCUCAGUGGUGGGGGUGGAGUCUUACGAGAUGAGCAAGGCAAUUUUUUAGUGGGGUACUCUUGUUUUUUUGGCAGGUUGACGAGCUUACACCCGGAAGUUAAAGCUCUGCUUUUUGGAGUCAGAUUGUGUUUGGAGAGAGGAUACACGGACUUGCACAUUGAAGCGGAUUCGCUUGUUUUGAUCAAUAUGGUGCAGGGGAUUUAUGCGUGCCCAUGGAGGUUGCAACAGGAUAUGGAGGAAUUGAUGACCUACAGGCCCCACUUCCGUGGCAUUUCGCACUGUUAUAGGGAGGUGAAUAGACCAGCGGAUACGCUAGCAAAUAUUGGGGUGGAGCUAAUGAGAGACUGCAUUUUUGAUAGUUUUGCUAUGUUGCCAAAAAUGGCUAGGGGGAAUCUUAGGAUGGAUAGGUUAGGCCUCCCGAGCUUUCGGGCUAGGCUCCGCUGA